UAUAUAGAUGAGACGUCUGGCAAAAGAAAACUUGACCUUGUGGCGGUCAUUUCCGGCGGCGCAGAAGUAACUAGAGGACUCCACAAAAAUAUCACAUUAAAUGCCUCAUUGUCAUAUGACCCGGAAGUUGCACAUGGCAACCGAUCAGGAAUGAAAUUCACCUGGCAUUAUGGCAAAGUCACAAGAAAUCAUUCCAGUAAACAAGGGGAAGCGAAGGCGGAGAAAGAUUUCUUCAUGGCAGUAAACGAGUCAGCCAUUCAUUAUCACAGAAGUGCAUCUGGCGAACUAGUUUCCUUAAACACUGAAACUUUGUCUGUUCAUCAGACCCACAUAGUUAAAUUGGUAGUGACCAAGCACAGUCGUAUUUCCACCGUUUAUCAAGUUAUCCAUUUGAUAGAAGGAGACCCACCAGAAAUACAUCAAAGGUUAGGGAUCUACUUUGUUUGUUUCUGUCGUUAUUUAGUUUUUUGGUUUGUUUUUACUGUUGGUUUUGUUGCCGUUUUUGAUACCUUUAUUUGUUCUUGACCUUGCUGUUGCUCUUUAUUUUCGCUACUGACACUUCUGUCGUCCAAUUAUACCUGUUUUGCUUCUGGUUUUGUUAAUUUUCGUUGUUUCUACUGCCGUCAUUUUUUAUACUUUGUUGUUGCUAUUAAUGAUAAUGUUAUUGUUGCCAUUGUCGUUUUGGUUACUACUGUUGUUAUAGCUACUUUAAUAGCAGUUGUUCAUGUUAAUGUUAAUUAAAUUGCGGCCACUGCUGCAGCUGUUCUUCUUAAUUACAUGAUCACAUCAGACAGAGCAAGUUCAAAACCCCUUUUUCACCGAGUGUUCUUCUAAUCUUUUUGCUUCAUUUUAGAUGUUUUUUUAACUGUCAACCUAAAGUGAGUCCCUUGGUCAAACUUAGUAUCAAAUCACAAUGUCGCGGAUUACAGUGCUCUAAAAUAUCAUCCUAUAAGUGGAGGCUCUACCAGCAUUUCAAGCGAAACACCUCCUUUAUCUGGCAAAGGAAACAUAAUUUACGACUCGUCACAAGUACACCGCUGAAUUCAAGUGACAUUGUUAUCAAAGGAGGUUCCCUUACUGGUGAAAAUAUGUACCGCUUGGCACUAUUCAUAACAAUUACGGACGGUUUAUGGGGAGUGAGUGCUUACGAUUUUUCUACCGCAAGACCUCCUACAGGUGGUAACUGCUCGAUCACUCCGCCAAGCGGCAUCUCACUGAAGACCGAUUUCAUUCUGAGCUGUAGUAACUGGGAAAGUGACAACACCCCUCUAUCCUACCAGUUUCAAUACAGGCUAGAGAAUGGUCUGUACAAUGUAUUAUAUCGUGGCGUUAACAAAAACAUAAGUACCUCUUGGAUACCGCCUGGGAACAGUACAGAUAAUUUUACUGUCAAAGUUAUCGCUACAGUGACUGACAAUUUUGGAAUUUCUGCCUCCCCAGUCUCUUUGACAGUUCAGGUAAGUCGCUAACCAUUGAUUUAGCGUCUAGCAUGAAAGGAUGUGAAAAUGUUAAUUUCUUUUGGUCCCUAUCAGUAAUAGAGUAGUUAUAGUAAUAGACGCCUUCUUUUGACUUUUGCAGAUCAGUCCAUAUCAGAAUGUAAGCACUGAUGUUAUCACAAACCUUCUACUGGCAAACGACAGUUUAUUUCAGAAGUUCAUCGAGAUCGGAAACCUAAGAAAAGCGACGCUAUUAGCAAACUCUGUCCUGCUCUCAGUUUCACAAGAAACGUCAAUGAAUUUCCAGGAGAGAUACAAGGUACUGCAAACAUAACUUGUUAUUUAAAAAGUGAAAUACUAGUUCAUUAUGAUCGUAUCCGAAAAGCAAAGAGUUUACUAAGAGCCAAACAUGCCAAAGAAAACGAAAAGAAUGAAUAAUUUGUAUUUGAAAAAAAAUAUACUAUCAUUAAAAAAAUUAACUUUCGAAAAACAGUCGAAUAUAAUGCAUUAAAUAUAAGAACAUACCUUUUAGAAAAAAAUGUAGGCUUGGGUGUUAAAUACCUGAUAUUUCUGCAUUCCAAGAGUCGUGGCUUCUACGUUAGAUGUUGACUUCCCAUUAUUCUCGCGGGUUGAUUGUGUGAGCAAACAAUUUCGUCUACCGCUGAGACGAGUGAAGAACUUACCACGUCUUGAAAAUGAGGUUUGAAAAUUUACUUCAUGGGCGGAAAUCACCCUGCAUUCCUUUAUUUCAGCUUGGACGUUUCCGGUGUUUUCAUGCAUUUAGAUCAAUCAUGCGCUUGCAAAUGUAUCAUUUUGAUGGGUUUUAACUAACAAUUUAAUCGGAAAACCUAAUACGUUGAGUCUAAGUAUGCCUUUAGAUGUAUCAUCUUUGGAACGAGCCUAAUAUGAGGGAUAUAGUCUGUUUGCCUAUUUCUCUACUGGCUUAAAUAACAUUAAGCUUUAUCGUUGUUAAAGGUUGUGAACUACAUCCUUGAAAACAUUUCGCCCUUGGAAGCGAAAACUGUCUUCGACCUCCUUCAAAAAUCUUCGGUUAUCGGUUCUGCUCUUCCGGUUCUGGAGGAAGUGCCCCAUCAGUCUCUGGUAAGUGAAUUACGUAGUACUGGUUGGGGCUGGAAUAGCCUUGGUUGUUAUGUCAAGUUUUCAUACCAUGACACUAUUUAGCCAGAAAGGCUACAGAAACAACAGAAAUAACCACAACAGCAAAGACUAAGAAAACGGAAACAAACAAGCAUGAAAAACAAGCAACUGUUGUGUUAUCAAAUGAAGCAGUCUAUAAUCUUGUAAUCUCUUUAAAUAAUUCGCCACAAAUUAGCUCUACAAAGGUAAUGGAAAGAAAUCUGAAAGUAAGCAUUUUUAGCUUCAUUUCCGUUUAUUUGCACUCCACAGAAUUUCUCCUUAUCAGCUAUCAGUUCAAUGACGUCACUCCUAUGGUCUAUCGCCCAGAAAAGAGACGUAGCAGACAUAUCGCUGACAAAGCAAUCAGCAGAAAACUUGGCUUCAUGUCUAAAUACCGUGUUGAAGGCAGCAGCAGUGACUGCAUCAGAAGACUCCAAGUCAAGUUUUCAGCAACAGGUACUUUAAUGUACAUUUAGGUGAUGUCCAAAAGCCUACGAGUUAAAUAGACCUUUUAAAACGUAAUUAUACAUGCAAGCAUAAUCAUUAGACUUUAUUCAUUAGCAAAUGGUCCAUCGCAGAUUGCUUUAAACUUAACUGUUACUCCCUUAUUCAUUCAGAUUUUGAACCUUUUAUGGUUUGUUUGUAUGUAUGUUUGUUUUAAGCUUUCGAAAAUCCAUAAUUUGCUUAUAUUAUUUGCUAAUUUAUGCAAUUUCUACAGGGUAAACUAUUAGUGAAGAUUUCAAUGAAGGCCCUCCAGAAAGUUGCAGACUCACUGUUGGUCUUGACAGUACCUGAUGAAAAAACUAUACCAUUCACUGCAGGACAGCUAUCCAUGACACUCGGAAGAUAUACUCUCCAAAGACUUUCAGGACUGGAAGUAAAAGCAGGAAAAGGCCGGUUUAUCUUACCGUCUAAGAGCCAGUUGUUACUCUCUGGGGUAAACAAAACAAGUUUUGUAGAUGUUCAGGUAAUUAUUUCUGCCCUUCAGGCAAAUUUCAAUCCAAGUUUUUUUUUAGCAGAUACCAACACCAGUCAAGUUAAAAUCGCACGUUAGACACCUUAAAGGUUGCUUAUUACCUCUAGCAGUCAUAUUUCUUGUUUUGCUUUUGACGUGUUCAACUCUGGCACUUGGGCAGCAAAAGGGAAUCGAAUCAUGUGACCGAAGUGACCAGAUGAAUGUUAUUUAUUUUUUGUUGUUUUCCAAGUAUAUUUCCAGUUUUAUUUUGAACCCAACUUACGGAGUACCCUAUUUACGUGUUCAAUUAUAGCAGUCCACAAAAACAAACAAGCAAAAUUCUUAAUUAUUUCUCUUUUAGAUGCUCUCAUUUUCUUUCAACCCUUACACUUGGGACGGCACCAAGGAACGAGUUGACUCUGAUGUUGUAAGCCUGCACUUGAAAAAUAAUGACAGCGAGCCUAUCAAAGUAUCAAAUCUCACGGAAGACAUUGUUAUCGUUACGCCUUUAAAACUUCAGAAAAACUCUGCUUCGGAAAACUCAUGGUAUUUCACAAAGAACGAUGAUCUACGUUUCCACGAGAUAAACGUCAAGUAUGAAAACACCCUGCUGAUGCUGGAAAUCAAACCUCAAGAUCCAACCGUACAUCUGUUUGUCUAUAUGCGUUUUGGUCAGCGACCGACAACUCAAAACUACGACUUCAAUGCUACUAUCUCUCAUGACGAAAAAUGUGUUUGGAUGAUAAGCACACAUGGCAAAAGUAACGGACAAACGGUCUGCUACUUGAAUCCACAUGCGCCGAUACAAGUGCUGGCUGAGCAUCCUGGGAAAUACUUAAUCGGCUUAAAAAAUUAUAAUGCCACAGUGAACUUAUCUCACACAAGGGAGAAAAGAUCUUGUAUUGGUGAAAGACGAAGGAAGCGCUCCUGUGUCGAAGUCAAAGAUCCACAACCCGCCCCACCCCAGAGUGAAAAUGUCCCUGUGAUGCCUGUUUAUGAUUCUACAACAGACCAGAACUACACUCUGAAGGUGACCUUGGGUAGCUGUGUUUACUGGUCAGAAACAAGUGACAUGUGGAUAUCAUCUGGUUGCCGAGUAAGUGAAAAUUAAAUGUAGAUUUUCAGCGUAAUCUUUUUUAUCUAUCUCAAGAUAAUUUGAGCUUUCCUGAGUAAUGUUUGUAAAAGUGCUGUGGUAUUGCCAUAAUCUUCACUCAUUAAGCUUAUCAUUGAAUUCAGGCUAAUGUUUGAUUACAGAACAUUUUCAGACAAAAUUGGAAUCGAUUUGAUAGCCAGCCAGGGUAUAAAAGCGCCUUAAAACAAAAAAAGAUGCAGUGUGAUUUAUGGUGACAGCCAAAAUGAUAAUUUUCAUCAUUAAGAUCUUCCUUGCAUUUAUAAUUUCAGGUUUUAGCAGAAUUGGAUGGAUUUUUAAACUGUAGCUGUAGCCACUUGACGUCAUUUGGGGGAAAUCUCUUAGUUGAACCGAAUCCCAUUGACUUCGACAAGGUUUUAGUCGAGUUCCAGCAGUUAUCAGAAACUGGAAAUAUCGCAGUUAUUGUGGUUAUUGCGGUGAUUCUAUUAUGUUAUGUGACUGCGCUUAUUAUCGUAAGGAAAUUCGACGAGGAAGACGCGAAAAAUGUGAGUGUAGAGUCAGAUUUUCCUUAGGAUUGUUGUUUUAAUUGUUGUCUUGUUGUUAAAUCUCCCUCCGGUUGCUAUACAUUUUUUUGCAAAUAAGUCAUGACAAUUUGAUAAUUGAUCAAGAUAACAAAAUCUACCUGAUAAUUUUGAGUAUUCUCAUGACCUGUUACCUAGCUAAUGUACGGAUAUUUUUGGGAGAAGUUAUAUGUUGAUCACCCCUGGGAGUUAAAAUGUUAAGAAAAAAAAAAGGCUUUAAAAAAUGGAGUGACAGUCUUUUUUUUUUUUUUUUUUGGAAUGGAAAAAAAAAAUGAAUUAAGAAUAUAAAUCAGCUUGCCAUGUAAUUCAUGCUUUGUCAUGUUUUUUUAGAGGGAAUUACCGAUCCAACUUCCAUCAUCUUCAAGCUGCACCUAUGAAUAUAAUAUAGUGAUUACUUCAGGGGCUUGGAAAAACUCAGGCACGACUGCUCAUGUUGCUUUGGAGAUUUACGGUUCUGAUGGAAAGAGUGGCAUUCUUCAGCUUAGCCAAGAAGAACCUGGUGCAGUGAAUACGUUAUUCUCACGAGGUAAUUCAGAUGUUUUUGUACUUUAUGUUAACAAAUCACUUGGUGCGAUUCAAGGAGUGCAGAUUGGACAUGAUAAUUUUGGAGAUAGUCCCUCGUGGUACCUAGAAGAAAUCCUGAUUCGGGACGUACAAUCUAAGCAGUCGUGGAAAUUUAUGUCCAAUCAGUGGUUUGCUCUUGAGCGCGGAGAUGGGCGCAUCGAGCGAGUAAUCGACCAGACCUCAAACCAUCUGGAUUUUGGCAAUGAAGUUGCAAGAUGUUGGCGAAGAGGCCUCGUGGAGUGGCAUAUUUGGAUUUCAGUAGCAGCCAAGCUGAGAAAAAGCCGCUUUACAAGAGUACAACGGCUUUCUUGCUGCCUCUCAGUGCUUUUGACAUCUAUGUUCGCUAACGCGAUGUUCUACAAGUUAGAGGGCAAAUAUGAACAGCCUAUCCAAGUCGGACCGCUGAAAAUGUCGUGGAGACAAGUGGUAACUGGAAUUGAAAGCGCGCUUGUUGUGACACCAAUAAACAUUUUCAUAGUGUUUUUGUUUCAGAAAGGGGCUGAAAAUUCUGCCACGAACUAUGACUAUUGUCUUAAAGGUACCCUGAUCUCUGGUAGCGCUUGGUGCUUGUUGUUUUUUUCUUGUACUGUUUCGGCUGCGUUUUCAAUUUUCUACAGUCUAAUUUGGGAAAAGAGUCUCAGUGAACAGUGGCUGUCUUCGAUGCUUAUUUCAUUCGCACAGGAUGUAACAAUCAAGGAACCAGUAAAGGUGUUCUUCACAGCUUUAACAUUUGCGGCCAUUUUAAAGAUAAAGGCGAAGAGAUCAAAAGUACACGCCUGCGAAAGCUCUCAGCAAGUUAAAACUGGGUACUAUAAGAAACAUUUUUGCACACUGAAAUUAUCAGAGGUGGAAGAGAUGAGAAGACGACAAGCUAAGAAACAGAACAUGACACGUUAUCUCACAGAGUUGGGUUUAUACUUGGUCUUUGUUUUCUUCCUUAUGGCAGUAUGCUAUGGAAACAGAAAUGACCAUCGGUACUUGAUGACGAAAUCAAUCCGAGAUGGAAUACCAAAGUUUGACAAGGUGAGUCAACAUCAUUUCAUCAUGUUAAAUCCAUUGCUGAGAUUCGCGUGUUCAAUUUAUCUUAUGACUUUUCGUUCCCACGGGGGUUCAAAAUCAAGAAAAUGGAGGAAAAUUUUACUUUUUCCCUCAUCAAGAACUGGAUUUUUUUUUCUUGCUUACAGACAUUCAGGUAUUGACUAAGGCAUUUUCUGCUCCUGUAAUGGACAUUUUGAGUAGGAAUAUCCCCUUAUAAACAUGGUACAAGAGAUGUGUUCGUGUGCGAGUCCCAACCUUAGAACUGGAAAGAAAUUCCAAGCGAUGAUAGAAAAAUCCCAUGAAGAGAUUGGCAUUUAAUUUUAACAUAUUAGAGAGCCAGAAAGGGGACACUAUCUCAUGCAAACAUGAUUUUAUAAUUUUGAGGGGAUGGAUGUAGUGGAAAUAAGCACGUGAGAAUGUGGGGGUAGAGUCUACCUUGGCAUAAAGUGCUCAAUGCUGUGGUAGCAGAGCUAAGUAUACAUAAGUUAAUGAAUUAAAGAGGACGCACGGAUUCUCUGUGACACUGAGUUUCGCGCCUCUCGUCAGACAGAACUUGACUUGACUUGAAAAAGUUCUGUCUUACGAGCGCUUAGGCGCGAAACUCAGUGUCACAGAGAAUCCAUGCGUCCUCUUUAACUCAUUAACUUAUGUAUAUAUAUACACAUAUAUACAUAUAUAUAUAUAUAUAUAUAUAUUUAUAUAUAUAUAUAUAUAUAUAUAUAUAGAUAGAUAGAUAGAUAGAUAUAGCUCUUUGGAAUAGAAAGCUUUGCUUUCAUGUCCAAAUUGAGCACUCUACCAGGAUGAAUCAUUGCAUUGCGCAUGCUCACUAGUUGUUCUAGUUUGAACACUCUGGCAUGGCUCAGAUGAUCCCACAUGUGUGAGAUCACUUGGGGUGGCUAUAUUGCCUUACCUCCAUUCUAGCAUCGGCGCUGCACUGAUGAAGCCCAGCGAGCGAAAUAGAAGGAAGAAAGCUCUGUCUGACGAGUGCUUAGGCUCGAAACUCAGAGUGACAGAGGGUCGAUGCGUCCUCUUUGACCUUUUCACUAUAUAUAUAUAUAUAUAUAUAUAUAUAUAUAUAUAUAUAUAUAUAUAUAUAUAUAUAUUUAUUUAUUUAUUUAUUUAUUUAUUUAUUUAUUUAUUUAACCUAAUGAUCUUGUAUUAAUUCAGGUGACAAACAAUACAAUGUACUGGAGCUGGUUACAGCAUGUUUUCAUCCCAGGUGUGUUUUCCAGCAGAUGGUACAACGGUCAAAGGGAUGAGCAAACAAUUUCUAUUGGUAAUAAACACUCUCUUCUCGUCGGAAUGGCUCGAUUAAGGCAACUCAGAGUGAAAGCGAGUAAGUUUUUUUUUCCCAUUUUUAUUCCUUUUUGCAUAUCAGUGAAAAGGCUAUUUACCCACACAUGUCAUUUCACAUAUUAUAGUUAUACAUAUACAAUUUAGCCUGAUAGAGAAACGAUCGGUGCACAAACUUAAAUAUAGAGUUAAACAAUAGCUUAUUAAUAAUAAUAAUAAAGAUCUUUAUUAAAAAGAAACACGUCCAGAAACAAAACGUCUGGACUUACAAUUUCCUACAUAUAUCUAUCUAUUAUGUAUAUACAAGACUAAGUAACUACACAAAUUCGAAAAGACAUCUAUUGAAAAAGCAACGUUUAAAGCGUUCGGUUCUGACUGGAGGCAGGAUGUAAUUACGUCCUCUUUUCCUGAGGCUCCUAGCUCUCUGAGCUGGUAAAAGUUCAUGUAAUGGAUUUGCGCUGUCAGAGGUCGAAAGGUUGAAAUUGUUAAAGAAAAAAAAAAUGUUGAACAUGCACCGGUGACAAUUUUUUCGACUCUGACCAUUAUAACAAUUAUCUAGACGAGUGUUUAGGUAGCUGCGUUUUAUUAUGAACGCUAAUUAAAUUGAAGUUUUGAUGACGGCGUUCCUUUCCUCCGAAGCAAAUGCUACUUUGAAGGCUUCUAAUAAUUCUCCAUAUACCUCUGUUGUUAAAAGUACGAAAUGUGUCAAGUCCCUUAGUGAAAUAAAUACCAAAACAAACUUCCUGAUCAUGAUCUUUUGCUCCCACUUUCAGCGCAAUGUAAAGUCCUAAACUAUAUGAAAACAUCGUUCGAAGAAUGUUUCAAGGGAUACUCGACAAAUAACAAAGACAAGACCGUCUACAACAAACCAGGCUGGAGGCCUAUCGACAAUGCUACAAGGAAUGACGACUUAUUCCGACUUUCCCCGAAGCCAUGGCGAUAUCAACAUGCCGAGGAAACCGACACCACACCCAGGUGGGGACAGUUCUCUUUUUAUGAUGGAGGAGGAUUUGUAGCAGACCUCGGUUACGAUAACCAUACGGGGUUCAGCAUAGUAACAAAUUUACAAAACAACGGUUGGCUUGACAGGCAAACUAGAGUUGUCCUGGUAGAGUUUUCUACAUACAAUCCGUCGGUGAAUAUUUUAGGUGUUGCCACGUACUUCUAUGAAGUUGAUGCAUCUGGACUGAAAGCAGCCUCCAUGCAAACUCGUGUUCUUUCACUUGAUUCUACGGACACACCCUCGCAUCAGUUUUAUUUGAUUUGCUUGUUCCUGUAUAUUGUAUUCGUUUUUCUGUAUUUUGGAAGGGAAAUUUUCAGACUUUACAAUCAUCGUUCUCGAUAUUUCAUGUCUAUCUGGAAUUGGGUCGAGACACUCCAAAUUGUUUUUUCUCCUAUUUCCGUGGUGAUUUACAUGAUACGACAAAGUAAAGCCAUCUCAACCAUGGGCAAACUGCGUAAAAACAUUUACGCAAAUCUAAGUUUCCAAGAAGCCAUCACUUGCCAAGAAGUGGAAAAUGUGGUACUUGGAAUUGUUACUUUCAUCGUCACCAUCAAGCUAUUGCGAAUCAUUCGCUUUAACAACUAUGUUGCUUUAUUCUCCACAACAUUGAAGAUAUCUGCACGAUCUUUGUUAUCCUUUAGCAUCGUUUUAUGCAUUUUCUUUGUGGCAUUUUUGCACUUCGGUGUCUUAGUGUUUGGCUGUGUAUCUGGGCGCUACUCUUCGGUGCUAAAAGGAGCUUAUUUCCAACUCGAGCUAACUCUUGGUCGAGUGAAAGCUAGACCAAUCAAUGAAUUAGCACAGGCCAACACCAUAUACGCCAAAAUAUUCGCCUUCUUAAUUCUCUUCACUCUCACUAUUCUCUGUAUGAACUUCUUUAUUGGCAUAAUCAACGAUGCUCUUUUGGAUGCUAAAAACUAUGUGAGCGAAAGUGAGCUGUAUGAUCUUAUCGAUGAGAACCGUUGCUCGAGCUCAAAAGAAAGAAAAGAAUUUUUCGAUGCAAUCAGUAACAGGUUGAAACAGUCGAGAACCUCCAAAACGUCAGCAGAAGUGAUGGACAAAGAAUCAGGAAACAUUGGCCUUGACCCCACGAACAGUUCCAAUCUUAACUUUGAUUUAAUAAGUCAAGCUAUCAUAGCUUGGAGGAAGAAAAGAUCCAGAGAAACAAUAGAUAAACAGCAAUGCAGUACAAGGAGACAAGCAUUGUUCGACAGGAUAAGCAACAUGCUAAGAUCUCUGAAAGGUGAAAGCAAUGACGACUGCAGCAAACGUAGAGAAAAAAAGAAAGUAAGAUUUCAAGAGGAUGUCGUCGAGUCUUCCCUCCGUAAAUUACGUAAGAGAGAACAUGACCUGUUACAGCGGCUGGAGAGUAUUGUUUCAGGGUUCACAGCAGAAGACGAAGAAUUCGAUUAUUUAUUAAUAACAGCAGAGGUCUAUCUCUACUAA